CCAAAGAAAUAGCAGCACCAACACUGACAAAGACAUUCUACUUCAGAGACUGAAAGAAAAAAUUGGAACACGGAAAAUGAAAUCAAAAACAAAAAGAGCACUCACUGACACACUAAAUGCACCACAAACUAAAAAGGACAUGACACGAUCCGGGAAUACCUCAGCUGAGAAGACUACCAGGAAGAUUGAAGUUGGGUGGCUUCAUUUUAGCAGUAACCAAUAUCAUCAAGUGAGGACCAGAAAUGGUGGUGGUACGAGACAUACAACAGUGGAAAAAACAACAACUGUUGCCCAGAUUUUGGAAAUGGCAAAAGGACUAUUUUUUCCAAACGGGAAUUCAACGAAAGGACCUGUUGAGGACUUUACUUUCACUAUCUGUGAUUUUAAAAGAAACCAGAUACCUAUGGAGGACACUGUUGGCAACAUCUAUGAACAAACCAAACUGAGGCUGCUUAGAUUUUAUCUUUGCUCAAAAGAAGCAGAAGUGGAUGAAGAUGGAGUUUUUUCUUCUGAGGUUUUCAGUGAGGAAGAAGAUCUGCAGGCCGCUGUACAUGAUGUCAGUGAUCCCACUGGAGAUGUGCUGGAACUGAGAUCGUCAUCUGAUAGUGACAAUGAGGAACAGGCUGUGGAUUUUCCAGUACUACAUCCAAUUUCAAGAAAACAAAGAACAUCUGAGACUGUGGCUUCUCAAAGUCCAGAGAGAUUACAUCAUCUUUGUUCAACCCCAACACACACCAGUCACAGUUCCAAACAAUUACAACCUAACGAAGGAUGUUCUGAAGGUUUUGAGGUUCUAGGAAUGGAUGAAACUGUGGAAUGGGACCCAGAAGAUCACACCAGCAGAGAAAGUGAUGACAACGUAGUUGUGAUCACACUGAAUUGUGACCAAGAGUAUGAAGCACAGAGUUCCCAGCACAGUGAAUUACUGCUGAAAGGCUUACAUUUCCAGCUGUCUGAUGACCUGUAUACCGUACAGAAGCAGUCCGCAGAGGAAUCAGUCCAAAAUGUACAGGACAAUGGACAACUUCCCAGACCACCUGAUUUGCCUUUAGAUUCAAGCAGCCAGCUCUCCCCAUCAUCUACAGCUGACAAUUUGGAAAAUUCAGGGAACUCACAAUGUAUAUCAGUUCGCAGAAUCAAGGUUGUUGAUGAUCUUUUGUCUGUCUUUAUGGAUAGCAAGAUAAUGAAUAUCAAUCUUAAAAUGGUCAUUGUAAAUGAAAAAGCUGUUGAUGAUGAUGGAGUCUCUAGAGAAAUUUACACAGCUUUCUGGGAACAGUUUCUAGACUACUGUGAAGGGGAAGAUGAACGGGUCCCCAGAUUGAGGCCAGAUUUCUGGGAUAGUGAGUGGCAGGCUGUGGGUAGGAUCUGGGUGAAAGGACUACUUGACCAUGGUGUGCUACCUGUGAGGCUGUGCAAGGCUUUCAUUUUAGCCUGCAUUCAUGGCAUUGACUAUGUUGAUGAAGACAUUUUAAUGUCGUCAUUCCUUAACUAUCUCCCUUUAGUUGAAAGAUCAGCUGUGGAAAGUGCCCUUCACGGUACAAUGGAUGACAGUAAUGAAGAUGAUCUGAUGGAUUUGUUCACUAGAAUGGGGUCUCAUUCCCUCCCUCCAAAGAACAACUUUAAGGCAGCUAUUGAAACAAUGGCACAUAAAGCAAUCUUACAGGAGCCUAAAUACGUUAUUGACUGUUUCGCCAUACCCAUGGCACAGGUGGCGCACUGCAGAGCCGAGGAACACCUGCUGCUCAUCACCAACUCGCACCAGAGGCUCAUCUGGGGCUCAUCAGGAGUGCAAAACAAGAGGAGCACUUCAGACAGAGACCGGGUGGUGGUCGGAAUCUCAGACAAAAAAUUAUCACAGAGGCUGGAGCUGAUCCCAAAUCUCAUUCUGGAUAUGACCGUACAGGAAGUGCAGCAGUCGGAGGAACUUAAAGUGCAGCGUCUAUAUGAGCUCAUUAUCAGCGAACAGGAGUUUGACUCACUGAAAACACAGCCUGUGAAAACUGAACUACAACAAAAUGCUCAGACCUAUGCAGUGGCCACAGAACACCGAGUUGCCAUACCUCUGUUAGCUGCGGUGAAGGAGGAGCUAGGCCGAAUGGAGGCCAGUGACAUCACUGAAGCCAUGACAGAGCCCACGGAGUGGUGUGCACUGAUGGUACCUGUCCAGAAAAAGAAUGGAAGGGUACGAAUUUGUGUCGACUUGGAGAGGCUGAACAGAGCUGUUAAAAGAGAGAGGUUCACUUUUCCAAGAUCUGAGGAAAUGAUAGCUCAGCUGAGUGGUUACACAGUCUUCUCUUCUUUGAACGCAGCUUCUGGAUUCUGGCAAAUCCCUCUGGACAAAGAUAUCCAAAGACUGACCACCUUCGUAACACCCUAUGGGAGUCCGCUGCCAGAGAUGUCUUAUGCACCGGGGAAAGCACUGGUUGAGGCUGACGUGCUGUCCAGGAGCCCGCAGCAGGAAGCGGAGCACCAUGGAGACAGCCACACAGAUGUUGAGUGCUACAUUGCUACUGUGCUCCUCACAUUGUUUGGCUGUGAAGGAAGUCUUUAUAUCGCUUCUUCUGUCUGCCUCUGCUCAGCCUUCUUUGAGUUGUUGGUAAAAGACUUGCUGUGGGAGGUGAUCAUCACUCAUCCUGACAACAUGGCCACACCAUCUAAGUUGAUUCUUGAUGACGCAGGCUUCAAUGCUGGUCGAGGUGGUUUCUUGUAG